AUGUCACACCAUGUCUUGGUUAUCGGUGGGCAUGGCAAGAUCGCCCAGCUGCUCACCCCGCUUCUGCUCCGGCGCUCUUGGACAGUCACAAGCAUGAUUCGCUCUCAAGAUCAAGUAGCGGACAUUGAGAGGCUCGACGUCGACAAAUCAGGCAAGCUUAAUGUCUUUGUCCACAGCAUCGAGGACGUAACAGCACAGGAGCAUGCCGCCACUAUCCUUGAGAAGGUCAACCCUGAUUAUAUCGUAUUCUCGGCUGGCGCCGGAGGCAGAGGUGGACCCGAUCGAACUCUUAAGAUCGAUCGAGAUGCAGCCAUUAAUUUUGUAAAGACUGCAUCAGUUACUUCAUCUAUCGCACGAUUCGUUCUUGUAUCGUACAAUGGUAGUCGUCGUACGGCGGCACCAUGGUGGGAUGAGGCUGAAUGGGACCAGUAUAACCGAUCUGUGAAUAAUGGAUCGGAGAGCACAUAUUACCAGGCUAAAAUCACGGCGGAUGAGUUCCUUCACGACAUUGCACUCAACUCUGAGUCCAUGACUGGUAUCAGUCUUCGUCCAGGCGUGUUAACAGAAGCGGCCGCAGGCGGUGUCGAGCUCGGGAAGACCUCAGGGGUUCAAGGUACUGCAAGCCGGAAGACUGUCGCUCAAGUUAUUUCCGCUUUACUGGCAGCUCCUGAUGUUCAGAGUGGUUGGAUCGACCUACUUGAUGGGAACGAGGAUAUCGACCGAGCAGUGCAGAAAGUAGUCGAGGACCGUGUCGACACCGCUGAAGGAGAGUCUUGCUAA